AAUAAAAUGUCAAAUAUAAUUAGCAAACUUCAUUAUAGUUUGACCUGUUUGUUUAAAAAAGAGGGAAAUGCUGUUAUCAGUCUAAUUAUUGUUGAUUAAAUAAUUAAAUUUAUAAAAUACGACCCACUUCGUGGAUAAUGAUCCAUCAUGAUUUUAAUUAGCAAUAUAACUCUUUAGAAGUAUAGUCAUGGAAAAUAGGAUGGAUUCCGUUAAGACUUCUCUAAUAUCUACCAGCGUAGACAAGCUUUUUUAUACAAAAUAUAAGAGAAGUAAUCGACUUCAAAAUUCGGAAACCACCGAAUGUGAUUUAAAAGAUUCUUCAAUGAAGACUUCAAUUACUGCUUCAGAAAAUAACAAAACUAGUGAACAAAGUACAAGUGAAAUAGUAAACGAAAUUAAUCUACUGGAUGAAACUAGCUUAAAACACACCAAAGGCAAAUAUCUGAAGAAUUAUACAAAUUUAGAAUAUUCUGAAAAUGAUUGUGAAGGAAUUGAAGAUGUUUCAAAAGUAUUUAAACUAUUAACAAAACCAACUUUCCAUUCAAAUGUUAAAAAUACAUAUAGAUCAUCUUUGAAGACAUAUACAAAUCCGAGAAAGUGUUUGGAAAAAAACGAAGUAAUUGAAAGCUUUGGUUUACCUGAUACUCCCAUCAUUCCCGAAAAGCCAUUAGCUGGUGAUUGUUUAGAUGCAGAAGUAUUAGAUGCCAAGGAAAUAACUAUACAAGAAUUAGAAUUCGUUGAGGCACCAUGGUGUAUAAUUGAAUUUGAAGAAAACUUUAUAAAUCCGCAAGAAAUUAGAAUUAAACCUGAUCCCAAUACUACUAUUGAUGAUAAGUUAUCAAAUAUUCAAUCUACAAUCGUUGAUGAACAUGCUAAAAGGAAUAAAAAAAUAUUGAGCCCCCCAAAUAAAUCUGAGUUGAUCAUAGAAAAUGAUAGAUUAACACAAGAAGGACUAGAAGUAGAAAUAUGUAAAGUGAAUAUGCCUCGGAAAGGAAAAUUGAAAGAUAUUAAUUACAACGAAAAAAGCACAAUUAGACCUAACGUUAAUUAUCCUAUAGAAGACAGUGAAAAGGAUAAUAGUGAAAGUAGGACACUUAGAUCAUCAAACGUCAUAGAAGAAGCUUCUAUGUUAGAAAAUAAUACACUAAGUGAAAAAAUUGAUGAUUCCUGUAGUACAAGAAAGCUCAGAUCUUCUACAAUCCACAGUACUAUAAAAUAUGAUAGCGAUGAAGACAUAGAAAGUGGAAAAACAAAAAUAAACUUUAAAUCUAUGGAAAGAGAACAAGUUUUAUCAUCUAGUGAUUCAGAGACAAGCGAAUACAGCGAAAAUAAAAAUAAAUCGAACAAAAUCUAUAACAGAUUUAAACAUUCAUUAAAUUCAACUACUACAGAUGUAUUUACACCAGAUUCAAGUGAAUCAGGGAGAAGAAAUAAAUUUAAAAAUGGCAAAGAAAGAUAUAAUCUUAGAUCAAAGGAACAGGAACCACUUUCAUCAAAUAAAAACACUUCUACUAGGACUUUGAGGUCAAAAUCAUGUUCUGAAAUUUUGUUCAAUGAUAAAAUUGAACCUGUUAAAGAAAAACAAUUAAAAGUCAUUUUACAUCCUUUAGAAACAACGAAGGAUCACCAUCUUGUUGAUAAUAGGAAAGAAUUGAAUAAUUCAUGUGGUUUAUUAUUGGAAAUUGUAGAUAUAAUACCUGUUUCGGAUGAAUCGAGACCUUCCUCAAAAUUAUUACAAAGCAAACCUUUUUUUAAUUUAUUUAAAAAUACUUUACCGAAAACGUUGUUAGUUGGAGGGGAAACGAGGAAAACUAGUAGAAAAUUUGAUUGGAAAUCGAAGUACAUGAAUAAAUCAAAUAAUAAAGAUAAAAAUGAAAGUUUACAACAAUCAGAAGUAAAAAUAACAAAUAAAUUGAAAUCCGAAUGUAAAAUCGAUUCUAUUAAGAAAAUAGGGGAAGUAGAAGGAAGGAAAUGCAAAAUAUUUGCUAAUGAAAAAUUAUCUGAAUAUUUAAAGCCUCGUUCUUACAAGAAAAAAGCAUUUUGUGUUGAUACUAGUUUGAAAUCAAGUAAUAAGACUGUAGAAACCGAAGUUGAUGGUAUUUCUAUUAAAAAAACCGCCAAAAAUGAAUCACCUACAGACAAAUUGAGAAAUAGAACAAGAAAAAUCAUAGAAAUUAUAUCAGAAGAUAUUACAAAUCCACAAGAAAGUAGAUUCAAAAGAAAAUCUGCAGAAAACGCAUCAAGUUGUGAAUUUUUAUUACCAAACCAUAAGAAUAAAGAAAAUAAUGAAAUAAUUGAAGCGACAAGCCUAAAGUACCAGAAUGAUGAUUUACUAGAGGGAAAUGAUUCAAAUUCUUGUAAAUCUGACUAUACAUCUUUGAAUAAUGAUCAAACAACUUUGAUAAUUGAGGAAAAUGAAGAAAUAGUUGAAACAUUUUAUUGUAAUUCAACAAAGACAUCAGAAUAUUGUAAAGGAGAUGAAAAAUGUGUAAACAGUGCUUCUAGGAAGAUCUCUGAAGAAGGAAGUACAGUGUUGGAAAUAUUGUCUAUAAGUGAAAAUAUUACAAAUACAUUAGAAACACCAAAAGCUUGUAGUACUCCUAAUGUAGUGGUUAAAAAAGGUAAAGGGAGGAAUAUGAAAUCACCAAUAGUGAAACUUAAUGAAGAUGUCAUAAAUUUCGAUGUCCAUUUGUCUACAAAUAACACAGAUGUGUCAAAAGUGGAUAAUACUUGUAAACUGAACAAUAAUAUUGGAAAUAAUGAAGAAACUAUACUCAUAAAAGAUUUAUCAAAAGAAAAAAUUAGAAAAAAUAAUGAAGAAAAUCUGUUAAAAAACAUUCAAAAAUCUUCAAAUAUAUUUUUGAACAAUGAAUUUACAAAAUUACCAAAUGAAAAUAUUUUUUUAGAUUCAAAAUUUGUUAAUACUGACUCAAUAACUCUAGCAACAUGUUUAAACAAUGUUAAAAUAACUGAUACCAUUGAGAAAAAUGAAUCUGAAGAUGCAGAAACAAAUAACAAAACUAUUUUAAUGAAAAAUGUAAAAUCUCAAGCUAUUUCAACCAAACAAUCUAUAAAUGUUUCAAUAAGUACACCACAAUGUCCAGAAUCAAACAAAAGUGAAGAAAAUUGUGUGGAUAGUCCUAAAACGCAUAAAAAAGACUCUGAAGAUAGAAGUUUGGUGGUAGAAAUGUUGUGUACUAGUGGAAAUAUUAAAAUAGAAUCUCCAAUUGAUUGUGGCAGUCCAACUGUAGUUAAAAGAGGUAGAGGUAGGUCUAGGAAGUCAUCAAUAGUGAAACUUUUUGAAGAUGUUGGAAAUAAUGAUGAAGACCUUAGAGAAAAUGUUCAAAAAUCGUCGAAUAUAUUUUUGAAUAAUGAAUCUGCAAAAUUGCCAAAUGAAAAUGUUGUUUUAUAUUCAAAAACUGUUAAUAGGGACUUAACAAAAUUAGCAACAUGCUUAAAUAACGAUAGGAAAGUCUCAGAGGAUAGAAAUUUAGUGUUACAAACAUUAUCUACUAGUGGAAAUAUCAAAAUAGAAUCAACAAUAGAUUGUGGCAGUCCUAAUAUAGUUAAAAGAGGUAGAGGUCGACCCAGAAAGUCACCAAUAAAUUGUACUAGUCCUAAUGUAGUUAAACGAGGUAGAGGUCGACCUAGGAAGCUAUCAAUAGUGACAGUAGAUGAUGUUGGAAAUAAUGAUAAAAACCUUAUAAAAAACGUUAAAAAAUCUACAAAUAUAUUUUUGAUAAAUGAAACUGCAAAACUGGCAAACAAAAAUGAAGAAAAUUAUGUUGAUAGUCACAAAUCCUUGAUAAAUAUCUCUGAAGGUGGAAAUUUAGUAUUAGAAACGUUGUCUACUAGUGGAAAUAUCAAAAUAGAAUCACCAAUCGAUUGUGGCAGUCCUAAUGUAGUUAAAAGAGGUAGAGGUCGACCUAGGAAAUCAUCAAUAGUCACAAUAGAUGAAGAUGAUAGAAAUAAUGAAGAAAAUCUUUCGGCAAACAUUCAAAAAUCCUCAAUUAUAUUUUUGAAAAAUGAAUCAGCAAAACUGCCAAACAAAAAUGAAGAAAAUCAUGUUGAUAGUCAUAAAUCCUCUAUAAAAGACUCUGCAGAUGGAAAUUUAGUAUUAGAAACGUUGUCUGCUAGUGGAAAUAUCAAAAUAGAAUCACCAAUAGAUUGUGGUAAUCCUAAUGUAGUUAAAAAAGGUAGAGGUCGACCUAAGAAGAUAUCAAUAAUUAAACUAGAUGAAGAUGUUGGCUAUAAUGAAGAAAACAUUACAGAAAGUGUUCAAAAAUCUUCAAAUAUAUUUUUGAAUAAUGAAUCUGCAAAAUUGACAGACAAAAGUGGAGAAAAAUGUGUCAAUAGCCCCCAAACUUCCAUAAAAGUCUCUGAGGAUGAAAAUUUGGUGAUAGAAACAUUUUCUACUAGUGGAAAUAUCAAAAUAGAAUCACCAAUCGAUUGUGGCAGUCCUAAUGUAGUUAAAAGAGGUAGAGGUCGACCUAGGAAGAUAUCAAUAAUUAAACUAGAUGAAGAUGUUGGCUAUAAUGAAGAAAACGUUACAGAAAGCGUUCAAAAAUCUUCAAAUAUAUUUUUGGAUAAUGAAUAUGAGAAAUCGCCAAACAAAAGUGGAGAAAAAUGUCUUGAUAUUCGCAAAACUUCCAUAAAAGAUUCUGAGGAUAGAAAUCUAGUGAUAGAAACGUUGUCUACUAGUGCAAAUAUCAAAAUGAAAUCACCAAUAGAUUGUAGUAGUCCUAAUAUUGUUAAAAGAGGUAGAGGUCGACCUAGGAAGUCAUCAAUAGUGACAAUAGAUGAAGAUGUUGGAAAUAAUGAAGAAAACCUCACAGAAAACUUUGAAAAAUUCUCAAAUAUGUUUCUGGACAAUAAUUCUGCAAAAUUGUCAAACAAAAAUGGAGAAAAAUAUGUUGAUAGUCUCAAAACUUCUAUAAAAGACUCUGAAGAUAGAAAUUCAGUGAUAGGAACGUUGUCUACUAGUGAAAAUAUCAAAAUAGAAUCACCAAUAGAUUGUGGUAGUCCUAAUGUGGUUAAUAGAGGUAGAGGUCGACCUAGGAAAUUAUCAAUAGUUGAACUAGAUGAUGAUGUUGGAAAUAAUGAAGAAAACCUUUCAGAAAACUUUCUAAAAUCUUCAAAUAUAUUUUUGAAUAAUGAAUCUUCAGAAUUGACAAACAAAAGUGAAGAAAAAUGUGUUGAUAGGACCAAAUCCUCUAUAAAAGUCUCUGAGGAUGGAAAUUUAGUGUUAAUAACAUUGUCUACCAGUGGAAAUAUCAAAAUGAAAUCACCUAUAGAUUGUAGCAGCCCUAAUGUUAUUAAAAGAGGUAGAGGUCGACCUAGAAAGUCAUCAAUAGUGACAAUAGAUGAAGAUGUUGCAAAUAAUGAAGAGAAUAUUACAGAAAACUUAGAAAAAUCCUCAAAUAUAAUUUUGAAUAAUGAAUCUGAAAAAUUGACAGACAAAAGUGAGGAAAAAUGUGUUAAUUGUACCCAAACUUCCUUACAAGUCUCUGAAGAUGGAAAUUUAGUGAUAGAAACAUUGUCUACUAGCGAAAAUACCAAAAUAGGAUCAUCAAUAGAUUGUAGCAGUCCUAAUGUAGUUAAAAAAGGUAGAGGUCGACCUAGGAAGUCAUCAAUAGUGACAAUAGAUGAAGAUGAUAGAAAUAAUGAAGAAAACCUUACAGAAAACGUUCAACAACCCUCAAAUAUAAUUAUGAAUAAUGAAUCUGAAAAAUUGACAGACAAAAGUGGAGAAAAAUGUGUCAAUAGCCCCCAAACUUCCAUAAAAGUCUCUGAUGAUGAAAAUUUGGUGAUAGAAACAUUGUCUACUAAUGGAAAUAGCAAAAUAGAAUCACCAAUAGAUUGUGGUAAUCCUAAUGUAGUUAAAAAAGGUAGAGGUCGACCUAGGAAGUUACCAAUAGUGGAACUAGAAGAAGUUGUAAAGAAUGAAGGAAACCUUACAGAAAACGUUGAAAAACCCUCAAAUAUAAUUUUGAAUAAUGAAUCUGAAAAAUUGACAGACGAAAGUGAAGAAAAAUGUGUUGAUUGUACCAGAACUUCCAUACAACUCUCUGAAGAUGGAAAUUUGGUGACCGAAACAUUGUCUACUAGUGGAAAUAUCAAAAUAGAAUCACCAAUAGAUUAUGGUAAUCCUAAUGUAGUUAAAAAAGGUAGAGGUCGACCUAGGAAGUUACCAACAGUGGAACUAGAAGAAGUUGUUGUAAAUAAUGAAGGGAACUUUACAGAAAACGUUCAACAACCCUCAAAUAUAAUUAUGAAUAAUGAAUCUGAAAAAUUGACAGACAAAAGGGGAGACAAAUGUGUUGAUAGCCCCCAAACUUACGUAAAAGUCUCUGAAUAUGAAAAUUUGGUGAUAGAAACGUUGUCUACUAGUGGAAAUAUCAAAAUAGAAUCACCAAUAGAUUGUGGUAAUCCUAAUGUAGUUAAAAAAGGUAGAGGUCGACCUAGGAAGUUACCAACAGUGGAACUAGAAGAGGUUGUUGUAAAUAAUGAAGGAAACCUCACAGAAAACGUUCAACAACCCUCAAAUAUAAUUAUGAAUAAUGAAUCUGAAAAAUUGACAGACAAAAGAGGAGAAAAAUGUGUCGAUAGCCCCCAAACUUGCAUGAAAGUCUCUGAGGAUGAAAAUUUGGUGAUAGAAACGUUGUCUACUAGUGGAAAUAUCAAAAUAGAAUGGCCAAUAGAUUAUGGCAGUCCUAAUGUAGUUAAAAGAGGUAGAGGUCGACCUAGGAAGUUACCAAUAAUGGAACUAGAAGAGGUUGUUGUAAAUAAUGAAGGAAACCUUACAGAAAACGUUCAACAACCCUCAAAUAUAAUUAUGAAUAAUGAAUCUGAAAAAUUGACAGACAAAAGUGGAGACAAAUGUUUUGAUAGCCCCCAAACUUCCGUAAAAGUCUCUGAGGAUGAAAAUUUGGUGAUAGAAACGUUGUCUACUAGUGGAAAUAUCAAAAUAGAAUCACCAAUAGAUUGUGGUAAUCCUAAUGUAGUUAAAAAAGGUAGAGGUCGACCUAGGAAGUUACCAACAGUGGAACUAGAAGAGGUUGUUGUAAAUAAUGAAGGAAACCUCACAGAAAACGUUCAACAACCCUCAAAUAUAAUUAUGAAUAAUGAAUCUGAAAAAUUGACAGACAAAAGUGGAGAAAAAUGUGUUGAUAGCCCCCAAACUCGCAUAAAAUUAUCUGAGGAUGAAAAUUUGGUGAUAGAAACGUUGUCUACUAGUGGAAAUAUCAAAAUAGAAUCACCAAUAGAUUGUGGUAAUCCUAAUGUAGUUAAAAAAGGUAGAGGUCGACCUAGGAAGUUACCAACAGUGGAACUAGAAGAGGUUGUUGUAAAUAAUGAAGGAAACCUCACAGAAAACGUUCAACAACCCUCAAAUAUAAUUAUGAAUAAUGAAUCUGAAAAAUUGACAGACAAAAGUGGAGAAAAAUGUGUUGAUAGCCCCCAAACUUGCAUAAAAUUAUCUGAGGAUGAAAAUUUGGUGAUAGAAACGUUGUCUACUAGUGGAAAUAUCAAAAUAGAAUCGCCAAUAGAUUGUGGCAGUCCUAAUGUAGUUAAAAGAGGUAGAGGUCGACCUAGGAAAACACCAAUACUGAAAUUAGAUGACGAUUACUCAAAAUUUGAUAAAAAUAUUCAUAUUUUUAAUGAAAAUUUUUUUCAUGGAGAUUCUGAAUUACAUAAAAAAAAUGUUACCAGUGCGUUGUCUACCAUGGACAUACCAAGAAAAGAAAAGAGUUCUGAGGAAUCUAAGGAUACGUUAGAAAGUGGAGAAAUAACAGAUUUACAAAAUGAGGAAAUUGAUAAAAAUAAUAUUGAAAAAAUAACAGCUCAAAUUAACGAUUCCGACAAAGAUAUCGAUGAAAAUGAUUUAAAUAUUCAUAUAUUGUGUGUAAAAAAUAAUAUUCUAAUCGAAAAAAAAGAUAUAAUUAAUAAUAGUGAUAUAACAAAGGAAUUAGAAAGCACUAGUAGUGAUAAUAAUUCAUUAGUGCCACUAAAAAAUGAAUCGACACAAAAAGAUAUCAUUGAAAGUUAUAGAAAACAUGAAGAAGAUAUAACUAGAAGUACUGGUGUUGAUAAAACUGAAUAUACUGAAAAUAAAAAUAAUAUAAUUGAAGAUACCGGGAUUAUUGAAAAGUUUAUACCAGAAACUACUAAAGAUAAUGAUAAAAUUACUAAUGAUAAUACUACCAAUAAAUAUAUAGAGGUUGAUAAAGAUUGCAUGACUACAGAUAGCAAAAAUAAUACAAAAAAUGAUGAAACCGACCUUGAUAACAGUGCAUUAAAGAAAGAUGAAGAUUCCAUCGUCAUAAAAAAUAAAAAAGUUGAUGAAAUGGAGCUUGACAAAAAUACUGCAGCUGAUAUAGAUGAACCAACUAUAAUUGAAGAUGAUUUUGAUGACGAGAAAAAAUUUACAAUAACAGAUGGUAGUCAAACUAAUAAAAAAGAUGAAAUAUUGAAUAUUGUAGCAAGUAGUGAUAGUACAGAAACAGUUUUUGAUAACGAACGUUCUAAUAGCGAUAAAACAUUUUUGAAAAUUACUAAUACAGAAAUUGACAUUUACAUAGAUUUACUCUCUUCACCGAAAUCUGAAAAUAAUGAAGAAAACUUGUAUAAUGAAGAAGAUACAUCAAAAACUGACAAUUUGUGUACAGAAACAAUUGAAAAAAAAGUAGAAACUAAAAGUAAUAUUAGCUUAGGACCAACGAGUGGUACUAUUACUUAUAGUGAAAGUGAUAAAACUAGUUUGGAUCAAAAAAUUGGGAUUAUUAGUGAUAUCAAAGGGAUAUCUAACGACCCAAAUUUUAAAUGUCCUUUGGAAGCACCAAUGAUAGUUAAAAAUGAAUAUGAAGACAAAAUAAUUAGUAAUAAAAGCAUCGAUUUAACAAAACUUCUGUUGAAUGAUAAAAUAAGUGAAACUAAAGACGUUUUAACCGAUCUGCAUGAAAUUCAGUAUCAAAUCGACUCAGAAGAACAUUCCGGAAAGGAAAAUAUCUCUACUAGAACCAGGAGUAAGACAAAUCUCGGUGAGAGGAUCGAUGGAGAUGUAGAUGAUUUUAUUCCACAGGGUAUAGUGAGGAGUAAUAGCAGUUUGGGUAUAAACCGCGAUGAAUGUAGCGACCUAUUCUUGAAGGAAACAAAAAAUUUAAAUAAAGAAAUUGUGACAAAUUGUUUUAUUGAAAAUACCCGAGCAGUUGUGGAUGAGAAUGGUAUUGAAAUAUUGGAUACAGUGGAAGAAGAAGUUAGUGGAAGUAAAAUUAUGAAAACAUUGGAUGAAAAUAUCGGAAGAAAGGAGAGUAUUGAGUGUAUCGAAGAAUUUAAUAUCGGUGAUAUUGUUUGGGCUCAAAUUGGUAAAUUUCCUUACUGGCCGAGUUUGAUUUCAGAAGAUCCAGUAACGUGCAGUUUUAAAAAUAUAAUGAAGAAUAGGUGUGCGUACCACGUUAAAUUUUUCGGCGAUAAAGGAAAACGUGCUUGGAUAAAUAGUAAAAAAUUAAUAGAAUACAAAAACAGAGAUGACUUGAAAACUUACUACGAAAAUCUUAAGAACUGUAAAAGUGCUGUGGAACUUCAAGGAUAUAUAAUCAAAGGAUACAUCGUAGAAAGAUGGACAAAAGCAGUGGACGAAGUCGAAUUUGUAAAAUCACAAAAUUUCACAUUCGAACAAAUGAUAAAUUACAUGGACGAAGAAUCUAAUCAAGAGGUGGACGAAAAGAAAAAUUCAACUAUGAAGAAAGGAAAAAAACGUAAACAAUCGCUUGGCUUAGAAGAGUUAGAAGAUCUCGAUGGUUUAGAAAAUAAAAAAAUUAAAUUAGAAGUUGAAGAAUCUGUUCCGAAACAACGCCAAAAGAAGUCGAUACCAGAAUUGAAAUACGAACAUUCCUCCCCUGGGAAACUUAAUGAAGAAACAGAAGAUUUUAUAGUGAUAACAGACGAACAAUCCGAGGAGAAAUAUAAAAUAAAUUCGGAGACAUUCAAUAAUUUCGGAUCUUACACUUUGGAAGAACAAAGGUCGUUAUUCAAGAGGAAUAACCUGUUUAAAGGUAUACCGAAGGAAAAAGUUUGUCAGUACUGCUUCGAAUUCGGGGAAGUUUUGAAAUGUAAAGGUGGUUGCAACGGGAUUUAUCAUCCCCAUUGUGCAACGGAAGUUUCUAAACAUCAGACGAGGAAGAAACCAGGCAGGUCUCCCAAGAUUGAUACUACAGAAAAAGUGGAAACUAUCAAAAUAGAAAAAAUUGAAUCUCCAAGUUCACCGGGAAAUCAAUUGGAUGCGGACAAUAAUCAUGUUGAAAUAGUAACAAUACCUUCUAGAAUAUACAACACCCCACCAAGAAAAACUUUUCCUCCCGAUUUCGCUAAUAUGACAUUAAGCGAAAGAAUCGAUUUCAAAAUGAAAGAAAUCAUGAAAAAAUUCGAAUCGACAUCGUACGCGGAAGAUUUCAACGAAUCCUCAUCGGAUGAAAACAACAAAUCCUCGAUUCGUGAUAGUUUUCCACAAGAAAAUAUUGAUUCGGACAAUAAUUUACGGGAUGAUACAAAGAUAAAACCCAUCGAGCACGUCACCGCCGAUUCAGACAAUAAAUCGAAUAUCGAAUGUAUAAAAAGAGAAACGGAUUCUCCCAUAAAACACAUAACCGCCGAUUCCGAAUAUACCGACGAAGUUAAAUUGAAAAAAAAUCGAUCCAAAUCAAAAAUAACCAAACAUAUAACCGCCGAUAGUCAAGAUACGCUUAUCGAUCCCAAGAAUUUCAAAUGCGGAUUCUGCGCGCAAGAUUUGGAUCCAUAUUGUUUCAUCUGUAACGAAACGUCGUCCAAACGAGGCUCCUACAUAAGACAAAAAUGUUCCCUGUACCAAUGCAACCGGUUCUAUCAUCCGGAAUGUUUGAAAUUGUGGCCGCAGACUCAAUGGUCGGUGAUACAGACGACGAAAAAUCGUUAUUCCCAAGAAGAAGUCGAUAGUUUCGUGUGUCCGCAACACGUGUGUCACACGUGCGCCUCGGACGAUCCUCGCGCCGCCUUAUCCAGAUGUUCCUGGGAUAAAAUAGUGAAGUGUCUAUGUUGUCCUGCGAGUUAUCAUUCGAGUAAUUUGUGCGUUCCGGCCGGUACCGAAAUCAUAACUUCCACGCAAAUUAUUUGUCCCAGACAUAGAAAUAAAUAUGCCAAACCGUAUACCAUUAAUACUACUUGGUGUCUCUUGUGCAAUCAAGGGGGUAAAUUGAUCUGCUGCGAAACUUGUCCCACUAGCGUACAUCCGGAAUGUAUGACCGUCAAUUUAACAGACGACGACAAAUUCAUCUGCGAAGAUUGCGAAUCCGGAAGGUUACCCUUAUACGACGAAGUCGUAUGGGUAAAACUGGGCUAUUUCAAAUGGUGGCCCGCCCUAAUUAUUUUUCCCAACGAAGUUCCCCCGAACGUCCUCAACGCUAAACACGGCCUUGGCGAAUUCGUCGUCAAAUUUUUCGGCACUUACAACUAUUACUGGAUAAACCGAGGCAGGGCAUUCCUAUUUCAAGAAGGCGACAACGCCGAUACGGGCCCCGGUAAUAAAAAAAAAGUGGAAGCAGCUUUCCGGAGGGCCGUAGAAGAAGCUGUAGUUGCGCAUAAAAUGAAAAAACAGUUUAAACUUACACAAUCAGCCGAAUCGGUGAAUUCGAUGAAACCACCUCCUUACAUAAAAAUAAAAGUCAGUAAACCCGUAGGAAAUGUCCGAUUCAUGGAUUUGGAUCUUAGUAAUACGACUGCUUGUGAUUGUAAUCCGAGCCAACCGAAUCCUUGUGGACCGGACACCAACUGUCUUAACAGAUUACUUUUGACGGAGUGCAAUCCCGAAGUAUGUCCAGCUGGUAAGCUGUGUAAUAAUCAGUCGUUCGAAAAACGAGAAUACCCUCUAUUGGUACCGUACAAGACCGAAACAAGGGGAUGGGGGUUGAAAACGUUGGAACCGCUUAAAAAAGGACAAUUCGUGAUCGAAUACGUAGGGGAACUUAUCGAUGACGAAGAAUACCAACGAAGAAUAUUAAAAAUGCACGCGCAAAAAGAAGAAAAUUUUUAUUUUUUGACUAUACAUAAAGAUAGGAUGAUUGACGCCGGACCAAAAGGUAAUAUGGCGAGAUUUAUGAACCAUUGUUGUCAACCGAAUUGCGAAACGCAGAAAUGGACGGUGAACGGCGAUACGAGGGUCGGUCUAUUUGCUACCACUGAUAUACCCGCCAAUACCGAAUUAACUUUUAAUUACAAUUUGGAAUGUACUGGUACCGAAAAGAAAGUCUGUAAAUGCGGAGCACCUAAUUGUAGUGGAUUUAUAGGAGUUAAAGUAAAAAACGAAUCUGCGGAAACUAAGAAACCAAAAAAAGAAAGGAAGAAAAAAGAACCGGAAAAACCAUUGGUACUACCACCAUGUUAUCUUUGUGAAAAGCGAGGAAAAGUCAGUUUAUGUAAUAACAAAAUUUGUAAUAAAGCUUACCAUUUAUCUUGUUUGAAAUUAGAAGUUUCCGAGGGUAAAAAAUUCAUAUGCCCUUGGCAUUAUUGUAACGUAUGUUCAAAGAGGACAAUCAGGUGUUGCGUUAAAUGUUUAAAUUCGUUCUGUCCAUCACAUUCCGAAGGAAACGUUCGUUACGAUAAAUUAUUAGGUUUUGUAUGCAGCAAACACGAUUCGAUGAACGUCGAAGAUCGAUGUAAUACAGUGAAGAGAAAAAGAAAUCAUCCGAUAACAGACGAAGAUGUUGUUACUUCAACGACUAAUGAUAAUGACGACGACGUUUCGUUGCUUCAACGGAUGAAACAAUCGAAGAAAAAUAAAGUCGAAGAAGGAAAUAACGAUUCCGUGAUUAGAGAGACACGUAAUGAGACAGUUUCAAGUGCGACAGAAACGGAUUUUGAGGGGAAGUUUAAAUUGAAAAGGAAGAAAAAGACAUUGAGGGAUAAAAGACUCGAAAAAAUUACUGCCAAUAGUGUUUCUCAUGUGUAAUAUUUGUAAUUUUGGUAUAUUUUAGUUACUUUUUUUAAUGUUACUUUAUAAUGAAUUCGUAUCUUUUUUGUCAUUAGAAGUAUAUAUAUAUAUAUAUAUUUAUUGGUAUUAAAUUAAAUGUCAGAAAAUAAAUAGAUUCUUAUUAA